UAGAAGGCGGCUUUGUUGGCAGCCACGGCGGCGCAGCUCCGGAGCGAACUGAGGCACGGCCGCCACUGCCGCAGGAGGCGCGAGGUGCGGUGCGCGCGGCGCCCGCGGGAGAUAAAGCAUUCAGAUGGCAGAUAACAGUUUUUCAGAUGGAGCUCCUGCGGAUUCCGUGGAAGCUGCUAAAAAUACAAAUAACACAGAAAAGCUCACAGAUCAGGUGAUGCAGAAUCCACAAGUUCUGGCAGCUUUACAGGAACGCCUUGAAAAUGUCUCUCACACUCCCUCCAGCUACAUUGAAACCUUGCCCAAAGCAGUCAAAAGAAGAAUCAAUGCUUUGAAACAGCUACAAGUACGGUGUGCGCACAUAGAAGCCAAGUUCUACGAGGAAGUCCAUGACCUGGAGAGGAAGUACGCCGCGCUCUACCAGCCUCUAUUUGACAAGAGAAGAGAAUUCGUCACAGGUGAUGUGGAGCCCACAGAUGCAGAGUCAGAAUGGCACAGUGAGAAUGAGGAAGAGGACAAGUUGGCUGGAGAUGUGAAAAAUAAAGUCGCCAUAGCUGAAAAAGAAGAAGCAGCAGCAGAAGAGCCAAAUCCCAAAGGAAUCCCAGAGUUCUGGUUCACCAUCUUCAGAAAUGUGGACAUGCUCAGUGAGCUUGUACAGGAAUAUGAUGAACCCAUCUUGAAACACCUGCAAGAUAUUAAAGUAAAAUUUUCAGCCCCUGGACAGCCCAUGUCUUUUGUGUUAGAGUUCCACUUUGAGCCCAAUGACUACUUUACCAAUCCUGUUCUGACCAAAACGUACAAGAUGAAGUCAGAGCCAGACAAGGCCGAUCCCUUCUCCUUCGAAGGUCCUGAAAUCGUGGACUGUGAUGGGUGUACUAUUGAUUGGAAGAAAGGGAAAAAUGUGACAGUCAAGACCAUCAAGAAAAAGCAGAAGCACAAGGGCCGGGGUACUGUCAGAACAAUUACUAAACAAGUGCCCAAUGAGUCCUUCUUCAACUUCUUCAACCCACUGAAAGCCUCUGGGGACGGAGAGUCACUGGAUGAAGAUUCGGAGUUCACUUUAGCCUCUGAUUUUGAAAUUGGACACUUCUUCCGAGAACGGAUAGUGCCGCGCGCCGUGCUCUACUUCACAGGGGAGGCCAUAGAGGACGAUGACCACUUUGAAGAAGGCGAGGAAGGAGAAGAGGAGGAACUGGAAGGUGACGAGGAGGGAGAAGAGGAAGAAGAUGCUGAAAUUAACCCUAAGGUGUAAUUUUUGUUAAUCAUUCAUGCGUUCUAGAAGGAAGCCGGCCAGCCAGCGGAGUGCAAGCAGCAGUGAGAAGCGGGUCUGCGGGGCGCACACGCGCGGUGUGCGACAUCUAACCCUUCAAAGUGCAUGACUUCACUUUCACUUUCCUUUCCUUCUUACUUUGCUUAACUUGUACAGUGGCGAUGGAACUGCAUUUCAGAAGUAGCAGGCGUAGUUCUAGCACCUCUGCAGCCUUGCCCCCCCCCCCCCGCCCUUGGGAGGCCAAGACCACGGGGAAGAGUGGGGGGAGGCAGGGGCCUGCCUGGAAAGAGCAGUGCUUGGUGCUGUAAGACUCCACCACUCCCAUUUGAAGAAGCCCCCUAUUGUUCACAGCCGUCUCCUAAGAGCUGAGAGUGAGGCUGCACUCUCCUGGUUUCUGGGGUGCACUCGGGGGCCAGAGCCCCAGGCUCCGCCUUGGCAUUGACUUGGUGUCUGAGGGAAAGGGUGGAUGGGGAGCGCUUGUGACCCUCUGCAGACCCAAGGCUGGGCCUGAGCGGAGGGCCUGUGGCUCUGCGGUGGGGGCUGGGCGGCAGGGGCAGGCGUUUGUGCUGUAUGAGCCUCUGGCCUUCUUUCCUCAGCGUCCCCUUUUUUGACCCCGCCCUUGCCCUGUCUUCAGCCCUGGGUUUGGUGUGGCCUGUUGUAGUGGUGUGUGGGGUUUGAGUGUGUGUUGGUGGUUGCUGGGGAUAGCAGGUCCGGGCCAGCAGCAGGCAUUUAGAGUGCUCAGCCUUACCUGAUAACGCAUUUGUAACUGAAUACGGUGUUUUCAAUUUGUACAGAAUAGUUAGAAUAUUCUAUUAAAGUUGUGAAAC